AUGCGUCUAACUUCGGUGAGAUGUCGGGAUCGUCGUCGCCUGCCGCGGCGGCGGCGGAGGGGGCGAACGCGCCGGAAGGACCCCCUCGACGGGCUGAGGUACUACGCCGGCGGAUGGAGCAUCAGCGACGAGCACUACUGGGCCUCCGUCGGCUUCACCGCGGCGCCGGUCUUCGCCGCCGCGGCGGUCUGGUUCGCCGUGUUCGGCAUUGCCCUGUUCCUCGCUGGCGGCUGCUUCUACUGCUGCCCAGGCGGCGGCGACGCGUACUACUCGCGCGCCUGCCUCGUCGUCUCGCUCGUGCUCCUCCUCGCCACCACGGCCGCCGCCGUUGUCAGGUGCGCCAUGCUGUACGACGAGUAGGGUCGCUUCCACGGCAGCACGUAGGCCACGGUGGACUAUGCGGUGCGGCAGUCGGGCAACACGGUGGCCAACCUGCGGAGCUUCGCGGGGUUCCUGGAGACCGCCAAGGCCGCCGGCGUGGGGCCCGUCACGCUGCCCGCCGACGUCAAGGGUAGGAUCGACGACGUCGUGCGCAAGGUGGGCGCGGCCGCCGACGUGCUCGCCGCCCGCACGUCCAGCAACGCCGCCAAGAUCCGCGCCGCCCUGGAGACCGUGAGGAAGGUUCUGAUUGUCUUCGCAGCAGCAAUGCUAAUCCUUGCUUUUCUUGGCCUUGUGCUGUCGCUUUGUGGAUUGGAAUCGAUCAUCUAUGUGAAAAGAAUGCGUGCGUGGCAUGUUUGCAGCGUGGUCGGCGACACCUGCGUGGCGAUGGGCGAGUGGGUGGCGCACCCGCAGGCGCGCACGGCGCUGGACGACAUCCUGCCGUGCGUGGACACCGCGGCGGCGACGGAGGCGCUGGACCGGAGCAAGGAGGUGAACUACCAGCUCGUCGCCGUGCUCAACGGCGCGCUGGCCAACGUGUCCAACCGCGACCUCCCGCCGCAGGCGCCCCCGCCUCUCAACUACAACCAGUCCGGCCCGCGGGUACCGCUGCUCUGCAACCCCUACACGUCGGACCUCCGCGACCGCGCCUGCGCGCCCGGCGAGGUCGCCGCCGACGCCGCGCCGCGGGGGUGGCGGGGCUACGUGUGCGCCACCGCGGGCGCCCCGGGGGCGGAGGUGUGCGCGACCUCCGGCCGCGUCACGCCGUCCAUGUACGCGCAGCUGGCCGGCGCGGCCAACGUGAGCUACGGGCUCUACCACUACGGGCCGGUGCUGGCGGCGCUGGCGGACUGCACGUUCGUCAGGGAGACGUUCCGGUCCAUCGGCGACGACCACUGCCCGGGCCUGCGCCGGUACAGCGGGCAGGUGUUCCGGGGCCAGCUCGGCGCCGCCGCCGGCGUGCUGCUGGCGGUGCUGCUCUGGGUCGUGCACGCGCGGGAGCGGCGGCGGAGGAGCGACGCCAAGGAGCUCCGGCUGGCCUCGUCGCCGUGCAGGCUUCCGGUGGAGGAGAGGGCGUUUCUCAAGAGCCCGGCGAGGCCGCAGUACUGCAUGUGAAGACGAAUCACCUAUAGCAUCAGAUCAGCUAGCUUAAUUAGGUCUUGCAUUGCCCAACAGAGGGGUUAGUGUUCUUAUAUUAUAUAGUACUAAACACUAUGCAGAUUUGACAGUUCCGGCGCGACUACAUGUAUUAUACAGUGAUCCUAUAGCUUAUAGUACAAAAUUUCUCCGAAGAGAACAUCAUCGCUAGUGCUCCUCGUAAGAAAAAAAACACGGCCGGAGGGGUGAACGGACCCACCGUUUUUCAUUGUGGAAAUUCGUCCCAACUGGGAUUCGAACUCGCGACGCGACCUCGUAGGGAGAACUAUACCUCAGCUCCUCUAACC